AUGGCACAUUCACCAAGCGCAUCCGCACCUCUGUAUAUCAUCGAGACCGCACCAAGCGAGGACACUGAGUCUUUCGGCAAAGGCGUCACUUCAUACUUCGACAUUUCACCCAAACGUGAUGGCUCCCCUGCGACCCGGUCACCUGCCUCGCCGCCCGACAUUAGUCCUGGCUCUCAGCCCCAGCUGCCUCCUGUCCGACGUCCUCACUUCCGCUUCCAUUCUGAUUAUGAGGCUCUGCACAGGAGAAUCCAUGGCCACAUCAUCGCAGAGACCCAAUCCCUCGAGACGCUGACUUCACCUGGCCGGAGUUCGACACCAUCUCAAGAAAUCCCCUCGGCGAAGAUCACGCGGGGUCGGUCCUUUGAGCAGUCUCUCCGCCGUGCCUCUUUGCAGACAUCUGGAUCCUCUGGACGCAGCUCCGCCGUGGUUCGAUCGCCUUCGCCGAGGGAAAAUCUCAGAUAUCCUCCACGCCAGUCGAAAGUCAGCCAGCUCCGGGCAACAUCGUCUUCAUUGACCUCCAGAGCGGGCAAAUGGAAUGCUGCCAACGAGGUCGCACAGCGACGGUCCUCGACGCUAUCUGAGAGUAUUACAAGAGAUGGCAAUAUCAUUGUUGUCCGUACAGAUCAGGCUCCAAUGAGACCACCGCCAUCGAAAAGUGCGCCGGUCUCAAAGGUGUCCAAAGCCAGUUCCAUAAAGGUCGAGACGGAAUUCACGGAGUCUGGAAAGCCGCCAGGAAUAACCCAUGGGGUUCAGCCUUCCCAGCCAGGGAUCAGCGAAGAAGCUCAGCCUCCAGACCAGAAGACUCGUUCUCCCGACCAUGAUCGGCGUCAGUCAAGGUCCCGCAGAAGCUCAAUCAAUCCUAAACAGAUCUUCUCAGCGCCAUUGCAACUUCUGCGCCGGGUCAGCCUGUCCAAACGCACGAGCUCACCAGCUGUGGCCCAGAGAUCCCCACCGUCUUCCACAACAAGAAACACUCGUUUGGCAGACCAUACCACGCAGCUCAAGCGGAAUUACACAUCAGACGUCCUGCAACGCGUGAGUGCGACUUUGCAGGAGACCAAAACGACAACACCAGCCACGCUCUUCCCACCGCAGAUUGCCCGGCCACUGACCUGGAAAACCUUCUCAGACAAAUCAAUUCCCCCAAAAGCGAAGAAGGGCCAACGCAACGCACACGGACUCGUGUCAUCGCUGGACCACAGCAGCAACAACAACCAUAACAGUGGCAGUGGUGAUCAUGGGUCGGACGUUCAAUCGUAUACUUCGAGUCAGAGAUACCUUCGCAUGGGUACCAUGCCCACAAAUACCCCCGACGAAAAAGCCACAUACAAGAUCAAACGGAGUCCGAGCGCAGAGACGGAGGAGUUUCUGAAGGUUGAUAUCAGUGUCAGAGGAGGCACGAACUACCUCCCAAGCGAGGCGCGUCGCAUCCACACUCCACCCCUUCCCGAAGAAGGUGCAGACGGCCGCUGGAAAGGCUUUUUCUUCGACUACAACGCACCGAGACGAACUAGUAGCUUGCAGGCCCCUGAAAUUGUUGUGGAAGACGUAGCCAACAGCGGCAGUGGCAGUCCAGACAGCGUCAUGUCGGCCGACUUGGAACGACAUAAGCUGAUACCAGAGGGGAGGCCCAAACUUGAGAGAUCGAGAACAAAGAAUAAGCGCAUCCUGACUAGUGAGUGGGCAGACGUCAAACUUGCCGAGAUCGAUCUGCUGGGGACCGAGACCAGGCAAGAUGACAUGCAAAGUGCCCAAGAAGGGAGCCGGCGAUUGAACUCCCCGGACGUGCUAUCGAGGAAUCGGACCAGGAUCAUGUACGAGGGGAAGGAGGUGGAGCCUGAGAUGUUCGACUUGACCAUUCCAGAGCAUUUACCAAGCAGUCCAUUGUGUCCAAGGCAUCCAAGGUAUUGGCGGGUAGUGAAGCGACAGGGGUCACAUUUCCGGGGUUGUUGGAUGCAUGGGAUUGGUGUUUACGAGAGCACGAAAAGCAAGGCAUGA